UGUAAAAUGGCUUCCAAAGAAAUCGGUCCCAGAAAUAGUGAUCAUUCGACGAUUCAUGCAAAUAUUGAAUCAGCAAAACAGUGUUUGGAUCUUGCCAGGGAACGGUUGCUUUUCAAACACUUUGAUGAUUGUAUCAAAACAUGCGAAAGAGGCAUAGUAAAAGCUAAAUUAGAAUAUAAUGGGAGUCCUGAUAUUGUAGAAGCACUAUGCAUUGUUGGAAUACAGGCCUAUGCAGAGCUAAAUCAUUGGCAACAGGUUCUUCCUUAUGUACAGAAUGUGUAUACAAGUAUUGAAGAAUGUCCAUUUAGAGUAGUUCAGCUAUGUGUAUUACUUCAUGCCAAAGUAGAAGAGUAUUCACAGUGUUAUGCAAUUGCUAGCAUUUGGCUGAAAGAUGUCAAAAACCAGAAUGAUCCCGAUUACUUGACAUUAGUUGAAUUAUACAUAUUAAAUGUUUUGGUUCCAAGACAACAAUACAAUCUCAUUGAACCUUUUGUGGAAGCUUGUCCAGGGCUGAAUUAUGAACAGAGGAAAAUGUUGUGCAAUAAUUAUAAAACUUUUGAAUUUAUAUCCUCUUCAAAUCAGGAGAAUCCUGAAAAUGAAUAUAGUACAACAGGGGAGAUAAUCAAGAAACAAACUCCAAAUGUUGUAAAAGAUUCUUGGCUAAUGGAGGUUAUAAAGAAUAUAAAGUUUGCCAUAUUUGGCAGUGCACCAUUAUACAGCUUUAAACUCAUCAAGAUGACCAUUCUUGCUGUGUGUCUAUAUUUAGUAACAAUAGGUCAUCAAAGAGGAUUUCUGACAAGCAAUUUCAGCAAAGUUGGAAUACUGUUUCAAGGAAUGGUUAAAGUAUUCAAGUCACUGUUUGGACCAGUGAGUUAUACAAUGAGAUGAAGAGAGAAAAAAGUCAUCUACGUUGUUAUGUAUCACUUUAUUCAAGUAUGGAUGCAAGCUUAAAUGUCAUAGUGGAGAGAAAAAGUCAUCUGUGUUGUUAUGUAUCACUUUAUUCAAGUAUGGAUGCAAGCUUAAAUGUCACAGUGGAGAGAAAAAGUCAUCUGUGUUGUUAUGUAUCACUUUAUUCAAGUAUGGAUGCAAGCUUAAAUGUCAUAGUGGAGAGAAAAAGUCAUCUGUGUUGUUAUGUUUCACUUUAUUCAAGUAUGGAUGCAAGCUUAAAUGUCACAGUGGUAUGACAGGUGCUAUGAAGAUCAUCCUAAAUGUGUCAAAAUACUGUCAACUCUUAACAUGUAAAACUUAGGAGACAGUGUGCUUUACCUUAUUCAGAAUAAGUGUACUUUACGUUAUUCAGAAUUAGUGUUCUUAACCUUAUUCAGAAUUAGUGUACUUAACCUUAUUCAGAAUUAGUGUACUUAACCUUAUUCAGAAUUAGUGUGCUUUACCUUAUUCAGAAUUUAAAAUUUUGUAAUGUAUUACAAAAAUGUUCAUGGGGUUAAGAGAAAUAUUGAUUUUGUAUUAUAGAUAAAUGACAUUGUUACUUACUGUGGACACUUCUAUUUUCAAGGGUACCAAAUUUCGAGGAUGCAGGAAAAAUUGCAUUUUAGUGGGUACUUGAAUUCAUGGUUUUCACAAUAAAUUUCAUAUCAAAUGAUACAAAAUAAUCCAUUUAAAUACAACCCUAAUACAAAAUUUUGAUAAUCAUAAACAGAAAGUUAAAAAAUACUUCAAUGUACUUGAAGGUACAUGUACCUGUUAAGGUAGAUAGGGUGUCUUCCUCCAUCUUGGAUUCUGAAAAAGCAGAUAACAAUCGGUCCAGAUCUUUAAUGAAAUGUGCAAAUUUCGAGAGUAGUAUGUAAUUCAUGUGUAAGAUUUUUCAUUUUAAUAUAGAAAAUUAUGUGUUUUAUCAUAUUUACAGCUGUAUGUUACAAAAAUCAGAUGAUUUUUGUUUUAAUCAUUUUUCUUAAAUUUUGCCAUAUAAGGGUAGAUAACUCAGAUACAAGGAGAGAUAACUCGAUAAAGUAACUUUUGUAAUAGAAUGUGUUGUGAAUUAACCUAUUUUAUUAUGUAGCAAGAAAACAAGUCCCGUGACCCCAUUAUUUCUUUUUCUUAUCUGAAAGCAUAUUAUUAGAGCUAUAUUCUGAUAUUUUAUCUUAAAAUUCUAUGGUGCAGUUUUCUUUUUAUCACCCAAAUUUGGGUUUUCCAUGCAUAAUCUAUACAAAAUCUGACAAUUUUGCGCAACCCGUAGCGUGAAAAAAAGCACAGUGACCCAUACUUUUUAUUAUAUUUUUGAAAAAAGCAUGAUAUAAACUUCAUUUUGACAAAUUAUCUAAAAUUCUAUGGAUUUAAAUUAUGACCCCCAUCUACCUUAAGUACUGAGACCUUGCUUAAUCAGUCAAGAAUCAAACAGAUUUUUAAGUCCAUAUACACAUGUACAUUAUUUAAUUUGUUUAUAUGACAAUAAAGAUUAUUAUUAUUUGUUCUCACAAUGUAGGAUAGUUGUGUGAACAAUUUAUUUUUUUUUAGUCAGAAUCUUGCCAAACAAAACAAGGUGUUUUUUAAAUUACAUUGUUACUUGGUAUUUACUGUUGAUAAACAUUAAAUCAUGAUUAAAUUGACAGCUUUUUCUUUCACUGCAUCAUUUGGAAAUGUUUAAAAUUUACAACUGGUUGUUAUUUAUAUUAUAUACAAUUUAUUAAUAAGUGCUUCCUUUUUAGCUCAAAUAGUCAAAAGGGUUAGUUUAUCUGUAACUUUGAUAUGGUGUUAGUUUUUUAUCAUUUGUUAUUAACCGAAUUUUCGAAGGAAAUAUCGGUUAUUAAAAUGGUGAUGUACGGCGGGUGGCUGGGCGGAUCUAUGGGUGGCUGCCAAACAGUGUCAGCACAAUAACAUGAAAACGCUUUAACAAAUUUUUUUCAAAUUUAAAUAUGUUGUAUCCUGGGACUUAAUGAAGGGCUAGUUCAAUUUUCAAGAUAUUAGUAUAUCUCCUUUGUGAGUUAUCGUUAUUUUUAAUAUCCAAAAGUGGAAUUUUUAAAUAUUUUACUCUUGUUAUUUUUUUCAUGACUAAGCAUAAUGUCUUAUCUCACAAUAAAAAUUGUAGUGACAGAUUUAUUUGAAAAUUAUCUAUUUCCUAAGUGGUAAUGAUUAUAAGCUAUAUUAUUAGACAUUUUAAAGUUAAUUACAUUAUUAAUUAUUAACUAGAUCUGGGUUAUAUCUUAGCAUAUAAUAUCAUUGGAGACAAUUUUGGAGUGACAGAUUUAUUUGAAAAUUUUCUGUUUCCUGAUAAGAUCUGUAGGACUGUAUAUAUAAAGUUUGAAAUUUACUAGUAGGACUGUAUAAAUGAAAUUUGAAAUUUAUUAGACAUUUUGUAGAUAUUUAAGUCUCCCUAAACCAUAUAUAUUCUUACCCCCACCCCUUUCAAUUUGAGAAUGUGCUUUUAUCUUUUUUUGUAAAUGGUUGAGAUCCCCACCCCUAAAUCAUAUAUAUUCUUGUAUGGGACAAUAAAACAAAUCAAAUGAAAUAUUUGGGGAGUCCCCAGGUUCACCCCCACCCCCUACUUUUUGAAAACUUGUAAACAGUCAAGAUCCCAACCCUGAAACCAUAUAUAUUCUUGUAUAUGACAACAAAACAAAUCAAAUGAAAUAAAAAGGCCAGUCCCCUGGGGUCACCCCCACCCCCUCCUGUUUGAGAACUUGUAAAUGGGUGAGAUCCCCACCCCUAAACCAUAUACCGUAUAGCGGGUUAUUUUCGCGGGGUGUUUAUUUUCGCUUAUUUUGGCGGGUCAGGAGAAAUCGCGAAAAUAAAUUCAGCGAAAAUUUAUGCAUACGUUCGAUACUUUCUAAUAGCUAAAGCGUUUUGUAAACUAUCUAUUUUCCCUGUUUGACGGAUCAAUAACGGUUUAUGUUAAUUUAAACAAUAUAAAUGCCAAAUGCCAUUGUUCACUGGCUAUCAGGUUUUAAUUAUUUUUGGGUUACAUUAUAAAAUAAAUAAUGAUAUAAGAGUGUAAGGUACGCUUGUCAGGUAUUUUAUCCUUAUGAAUAAGUGUCAAAUUAUAUAAGAGUUGCAAGUCACUCAUGAUAAAUUUAUAAUCUAAUUAGUACUUCAAAGGUCCGGUCAAUUUCGUAACUAAUCAACUAUUGAUUAACUGUAUCAAAAUAUAAUCAAUAAAUAAGACGACAUGCAGGUAAAACAAUCAUUUAACCAUAACAAUAGACCCGUGUUUGUCAAUUUUGAAAACUUGCAACCAUUUCAGUAAACGCCAAAAUAUUUAAUUGGAAUUAAAGAAUCCACCAAAAUAAAAACCGCCAAAAUUUUUCGUAUACUUUGUUGCCCCAAAAUCGCGAAAUUUUACACCCGCGAAAAUAACCCGCUAUACGGUAUAUUCUUGUACAGGACAAUAACACAAAUCAAAUGAAACAUAGGGGAAGUCCAUGGGGGUCACCCCCACCCGCCUUCUUUUUGAAAACUUGUUAACGGUCAAGAUCCCCUGCCCGAAAGUAUAUAUAUUGUUGUAUGGGACAAUAAAACAAAUCUAAUGAAAUAAAAGGCGAGUCCCCUGGGGUCACCCCACCCCAUCCUGUUUAAGAACUUAUAUAUCGAGAUCCCCACCCUAAACCAUAUAUAUUCUUGAAUGGGACAAUAAAACAAAUCAAAUGAUAAAUAGGGGAAGUCCAUGGGGGUCACCCCCACCCCCUUCUUUUUGAUAACUUGUAAACAGUCGAGAUCCCCACCCCUAAACCAUAUAUAUUCUUGAAUGGGACAAUAAAACAAAUCAAAUGAAAUUGAGGGGGAGUCCCCUGGGGUCACCCCCACCACCCUUUUUUUUUUAAACUUGUCAACGGUCAAAAUCUCCACCCCGAAACCAUAUAUAUUCUUGUAUGGGACAAUCAAACAAAUCAAAUGAAAUACAAGGCGAGUCCUCUGGGGUCACCCCCACCCCUUCCUGUUUAAGAACUUGUAAACAGUCGAGAUCCCCACCCCUAAGCCCAUAUUCUUGUAUGGGACAAUAACACAAAUCAAAUGAAAUAUAGGGGAAGUCCAUGGGGGUCACCCCCACCCCCUUUCUUUUUGAAAACUUGUAACGGUCAAGAUCCACACCCUGAAACUAUAUAUAUAUUCUUGUAUGGGACAAUAAAACAAAACAAAUAAAAAAUAAAAGGCAAGUCCCCUGUGGGUUCUUUGAAAUGGUUAAUCUAAACCUGUAUUUCUUUUCAUUAUUAAUAAGAUAAUACCACAUUGAGGUCCAAAGGGUCCUAAAUUACGCUUUUGAUUAAUUUCAUCAAAAAUUGAAUUGUUUGGUUCUUUGAUAUGCUGAUUCUAGCAAUGUUUGAGUAAAUCAUAUCUAAUUUUAGAGAACUUAGUCAUCACUGGUUGUUGUUAUUAUAUUAUUGAUUAUAAUUUGAAAAAUUGCAUCAUAUCUUAUUUUAGUGAACUAUUUAUCCAGUUUGAGUUAUUUCCCUUUGCACAAAAAAUAUUAUGGAUAAAAUUAACCUGUGUUUCAUUUCAACAUAAAUUAAAUAUAUAUAGGGUUCUUUCAAAUGCUGAAUCUAAACCUGUAUUUAAAUAUUGGAUUUUUGGGCCCAGUUUUCAAGUUGGUCCAAAUAAGGUUUCAAAAUUAAACUUUGUUUGAUUCAACAAAAAAUUAUUUAUGGGGUUCUUUGAAAUGCUGAAUCUAACCAUGUAUUGAGAGAUUUUGGAUUGUGGGCUCCUUUAUCAAAUUGGUCCACAUUGAGGUCCAAAGAAUCUUAAAUUAAACUUUUGUCUGAUUUCAUCAAAAACUAAAUUCUUGGGGUUCUUUGAUAUGCUGAUUCUAAAAUGUACUUAGAUUUUUGAUAUUGGACCAUAAUAGGUAUUUGAAUGUCCAAUUUCAAGUAUUUCAGUUCUUAAACCACAUUCAUUUUGUGUCACAAACCUAUGCUGUGUCAAAUAUUCAAUCACAAUCCAAAUUCAGAGCUGUUUUAAACUUAAAUGUAGUGUCCAUACUUGCUCAACUGUUUAGGGUUCGACCUCUGCAGGAAAAUCCGGUUUGCUGUCACUCUGACAGCCUCUUGUUUCAAUAUAAUUCUCUUCACCAGUUAAGAGCAAACUUAGCAUGAAUUAUCUUAUUGUGUUUUACCUUAGAAAUCUUUGACUGAUGAUUCUGUAAACCAACCUGGUGACCAAUUAGUAACAAAGCAUAUAUAUUUUAGCAGUAUACCAGGAUUACUUCUCAAAUUGGCAUUAAUUUAAGCAGCCUAAGUAACUAUUUUUAUGCCCUUGCUGUAGCGGAGGGGGCUUUAAGUUUUACCCUUGUCCGUCUGUACGUCCCAAAGUUGGUUUCCGUUCUCUAACUUUAGUUUGCCUCAACCAAAUGAAAUGAAACUUAUAUAAAAUGCUUAUUACCACAAAACACAGAUCAAGUUUGAAUUUUUCUUUGGAAAAUACUAAUCCUUUGAGGCAACAAUAUUGUACGAUUGUAUUUUGUAUUAAAAGGGUUUGAGUCCUAUAAAAAAAAUAUCAAAAGAUAGGAAAUUAAUUUUUUUGUUGAUAUGAUAUUACAUUUUUAGGCAUAUUUAAUUAAUUUUACUGAAAGAAUAGUUUUGCUUUCAAUUUCGUUUUUUAACAUUAAAGAUACAUAAUUAUUGCUAAAACCUAGAAGAGUUGGUUUUAAUAUGUUAUGUUAAUAUUUUAUAUAAUCUACAUUAUGGCUUUUCAUCUUAAAAUGAUUCAAUAUAUUAAAUGUAGACUACACAUUUGAUAUAUUGAAUCAUUAUAAGAUGAUAAGCCAUUUUUCAAGUUCAUAUUUUUAUGGCCGCCUUGGAUAAUAAAGGGGCAUUAUAUUUCUUGUCUGUCCAUCCAUUUGUUCGUCCAUCCUGUAUCAGGUUUGGAGUUUUGAAGUCACUUCAACUUGAAACUUAGUAAACUUGUUCACUAUGAAGGGAACUGUUUAAAUUAUAAACCAAAAUGAGGGUUUUGACCAAGAUUUCAUAGUUAACUAAACAUGGAAAUGUGAUAGUGCAAGCAGGGCAUGGUGUCAUAUGUACACAUAUUGUUUGUAUGAUAUAUUUGUACAUAUAAUGUUGCAUAUAUUUUAACAAAGAAAAAGCAAAUGAAUUUGGUUUGUUUUGUAACAUAUCUAGGCUGUGCAAUAAUGUAUAGUAUUGUUGUGAUUUUUUUGUUAGUUUCUUAGUAUUUUUUGUUAAAGAUGUUAAUUGUAAGUACAUUUAUUAUUUUUGUAUUAAACUUUGAUACAUUUGA